CAGCACCCAAACACCUCCAGAUCAUAGAUCAAAAGAUGGCGGCCAUGAGGCAGGGAAGCGGAGACGUGUUGUUCUGCGCUGCAGUUCUGCUGGUGGCCGUGUCGUCGUUUCUGGAGGGAGCGGUGGCCGUGCAGCACGUGGUCGGGGGAGAAGUAUCGAAGUGGAGCUUCCUUCACGCUAACAACAAAGCGUCUUUCUACAACGACUGGGCACAGAACGUCACUCUCAAGACCGGCGACUCUCUGUUGUUUCAAUACAACAACGCCACCCACAGCGUGCUGCAGCUGGCGACGGAGGCAGAGUUCACGGCGUGUACGGUGCCUAAGACCCCGGUGGACAAGUGGGUGACGGGGAAUGACGCUGUGUUCAUCAGCAAGGCGGGGACCUACUACUUCAUAUGCGGCACUCCGGUCCAUUGCAACCAAGGCAUGAAGUUCACGAUCGCGGCAACGGGGGAUUUCGUGGCGGCGCCCCCACGUCCCGUGGGUGCUCCUGGUCCUGGUCAGACAGCGAACCACGCUGCACCGACUGCAGUGUUCUCCGGCGCUCCAUCACUUCUACUGAGCUUGUUGCUGAUCGCAACGACGUUCGUUACCUUGUGACGGGAUUCACGUGUGGAGAGGAGUUGACGUCGGACGGGGUAAUAGAUUGUGGUUGUAACCGCUGGCAUGAAUGCCCGUUCGUUUGUUUCUCCCAUCGCAACGCGAUCGAAGAGCUUCUGCGCAAGUCCGAAGUCGCGGAGGGCCCCAGGACUGCGCAGCGUAGGCAGAUCGAUUGUGAGAUGAUUUCAGCAUUUCCGAGUAGGUGAUUCUCUCAGUGUUUCAGUGAAGUGCCCAUUGAAUGGCUUGGGCGCCAGCGAUGUAACGCAUUCAUUCGUAUUAUAAAUUCGUUCUGAGUUCAUGGCUA